AUGUCGUACACAGAACUGACCGUCCGAUUCGCGAGCCUCCGCCGCCGCCGCGCGGAGAUCCAGGCCAAGGCAGCCAGCGUCAUGCAAUUGCACGUGGACGAGACGACCAACGACCGAAAAGCAUCGCACGUGCUGCAUUCGGGUAUGCGGCCCCAAGACAUGGUGCACACGUUUCACAUGCUUCGGCAGCGCCGAUUGGCUUUGCAAGCCAAGCGACAACAGGUCAUGGCACUGCACGACUUGCCGCUGUACGCUGGGCCAGCUUCAAAGGACCGCGCGGGGAAUAUCUUGGGGAAGCGAAAGGAGAGAUGCUACGAGGCGGACGUGCAGAAAGCAGCCAAGACGACCUCGAGCUGUAAUUUUAUCAAUUAA